AUGAGCCAGACCUGCCAGACAGCCCAGGCACCGCUCUCCGAGCUGGAGAAGUCCAUCGACACCAUCAUCGAUGUCUUCCACCAGUACUCGAGGCGGGAGGGAGACAAGGAUACCCUGACCAGGGCAGAGAUGAAGCUUCUGCUGGAGAAGCAACUUGCAAACUACCUGAGGCAUGUGAAGAACCAGAGCUCCCUGGACCAGAUCUUCAAGGACCUGGACACCAACAAGAACCAGCAGCUGAGCUUCGGUGAGGUGAUGAUGCUCAUCGUGCGGGUCACCAUCGCCACCCACGAGCACCUGCACUUCUGCGAGGACAAGCAGGGCCACCAGCACGAGCACCAGCACCAGCAUCACCACUGA